CGCGGCCAUCCAAUUCUCCGCCACCCCUUUUUCCUUUGAACAACUGCGUUUUUCCAUCCAGGAAGUAACAGUCUUCGAAAUAGAUUCAGGUUGUAACUCUUGAUACCAUUGCGCCAAACUUGCGCACUCAGCGGCAAAAUGGGUGCCCCCAAAAAGUCCACUGUCUCCACGACGUCAUCAACCACAACUCCAUCAUCCACCAAGCGCAAGCAACCCCACGCCUCUGCCAGCAACAAUGACUAUUCCAAAACCCCUACUAAAAAACAACGUCUUUCCCAACCCAAGGAAGAGAAACGCCUUCGCCGUUUCCGGCCCAAACCUCCCCAAUCCUUCCACGACCUCCACGCCCGCGCCUUAACCCAACGCUUCUUCGUCCUAUCCCGCCACCGCACCACCCUUUCAUCCCUCGAAUCCAGCCCCCCAUCCGAAACAAUCGAACUCACGGGCUCAACAGGCAACAUCUACACCAUCCUCAUCUCCCUCCUCCCCACCUGCACCUGCCCCCACUUUGCAAGAACAAACCAGCAGUGCAAACACAUCAUCUACGUCCUCUCCCGCGUCCUCCGCUGCCCUGCCCAUCUAGUCUACCAACUCGCUUUUCUCACCACCGAACUCAACCAAAUCUUUGCUGGGGCUCCACCCAUCGUUUCUGGCAGCGCAAACAACAACAACAACAACAACGAAGAAGACGGCAAACGCAAACCGGUCGAAGGAGAUUGCCCUAUUUGCUUCGAGGAGCUUGACACAGCAACAAAGAAGGAAGAGAUUGUCUGGUGCAAAGCCGCCUGCGGACAGAACGUCCACAAGCAAUGUUUUGACAUGUGGGCUGCUACCAAACGGGGGCCAGGCAGAGGGGAGGUGACGUGUCCGUAUUGUAGGAGCGUGUGGGAAAAGGAGUCGGAGGGGGAGAUGGUGAAGAAGGUGAACAGGGAGAAGGGCAAGAGGAGCGCGGAUGGUGGUGGGUAUGUCAAUGUGGCGGAGCAGUUGGGGAUUAGUCCAGUUAGAGAUACAAGCAGCUAUUCAAGGUGGUGGUCAGGGCAUCCGAGUGGUUAUCGGAAUGGUUAUAGGUAGGGACGGUAAGCCUGAGGGAGGUGCUACUGUUCAUGGGGUUGGUUGAUAGGCUUUGUGUGGGAGAGUCGGUGAGUUUUGUUUUCAUUGUUCUUUUGUUUUAAUGUCCAUUUGAUACCCAGUGGUCUGCCCCAAGCAACCGCAUAUGCUCUUUAGUCUGGACGCUAUUGUCUUGCUAUCCUAUCAUUGGUCGCCUAAAAGAACCAAAGAAGCUCUAGCUGGACAAGCAUACAGCGGCUAAGCUGAUGCCCCAUUCAAAUCUGUCAAAGACUUGCCCACUUCACACUGAAAUCCUUCCCAGCCUACCCUGUGCUUCCCCCACGGCGUGCUUACUCAAAAUGUAGAAGCGCAGCCGCGAAAUGAUUGUCUUAGAGAAGAUAAUGGGGACGCGACAUGGUCGACUUGAUGACAGUGCUGUUGACGUUGGACCAUCCCUUCUUGAGGCAUGACACCAGGUCGUUGAUGGUGAUCAUGAUGUUUGCGACCAACUGCUCCGUGGUCAUGUCCACAUUACCAAUGGCCAUGGCAAUGCAGAGGUUCUUGCGCAGCCUGAACCUGAUGGUGGACUUGACGUUGAUUAUCUUCUCCGCGAGGUCCUCGCUGUGCGAAACCGUUGUAGGGAACUUGUCGGCUGUGUUCAUGACAUGCAAUUAGUAUUCAGUGCUACAUGGGAGGUGGUAAGGAGGGGUCUAAACUUACCCUUUGACAAGCCCGGUCCCAAAACCCUGGAGAUCUCCCGAACCUUGGUAUCCGAGCAGACAAACGCAUCGUACUAGCGCGCUAGCUUCUUGAUGAGCCUCUUGUUCUUGUUCAGCUUCUUGAGGUUGUCAAACGACAUGCUAUCCAGGCCGUGGUGCUUAGCACGACCGAGGUCGUGCUGGUCGGCGAGGGAAGCUUGACAGAGCCGGAGAAGCGCUUGUCGCGGGCGGGGUCGUAGUUGGUGAGGCCGAAUUGCAACUCGACCGUCUCGAGGAAGUUGCGCUUGUUGUCAGGGGAGAGGGAGUGGGCGAGGAGGGCUUGGACCUGGGCGCGAGUACCGGCGACGGUGAUCUUGGACUUGGGCUGGACGGGCAUUGUGUCUGGUCGAUGACGGGUGUCUUCCUAGGAUUAUUCUUCUUGUUUUGAUGGAGAGGGUAAUCGUUCGGUGAGGCUUAUCUCGCUGUUGAGGCAGGUCAUUGUUGUUGUCUGGUGUGAGAGUCUGAGAGGAAGAAGGGAAAACACUGGAAUUGGGCCA